CACUGCGUGAGUAUCUAACCUAAAAAUGACGCUAAAUUUUUAGCAACUUUCAAUUAUACUUUUCUUGAAUGAAACUUUAUUGUUUUAUAAUUUUAUAAGUGAAUUAUUAAAAAUUAUUUAUUUAUUUAUCUAGACUUGAAAGGUAAUCGAUAAUUUAGAAAAGAAAAUGUCAGGUGAGAGGCGUAUUUCCUGCGGCUUAGAACUUUGUGUAGUUCCUGAAUUACAUCAAUGUCUUUGUUUUGCUAAAGACUGCAAAUAUGAUUACAUUAUUGUACCAUUGGUGCACCCACGUUAUAAAAGAGAAUUUCUGUCCGGACCGGCAAAAGACAGGACUGAUCCUUUUACAAGACCUGAUAUGAUUCUUUGUAACUCGGAUUGGAGUGGCUUAGUUGUGGGAAAAAUUUCCUCCUACAUCGACGUUGAUUCCUCGAUUCCUAAUAUCGCUAAAAAUAGUGUUUUGACAUUGAAUCAAGAAUUUGAUUUAGCUUCACAUUUAUCACUUAUUGCUAUAACAAUGAAAUUAAAGGGCAAUAUAGAUAGGAAUAUUAAUUUAGCGAGAAUUAUUGCCGAUAAACUUGCCAGUCCCGUGAGCUUUCAGGUAUGGCUUCAGGUUCCAAUGGAAAAUUCCCUGAAACAAGUCAAUUAUUAUAGGGACGAAGAGAAUUUAUCAGAAAUUAAAACCGAGAGUACUUGGGAAUGGUGGAAUGCUUUUAGAGUAAUUUGUGAUUUUGACAGGAAACUUGGCGUUGCUUUGAUAGUCAGUCACGAUUUACCAGAAGAAGAAGAGAUAAACAGAUGGCUUGGAGAACCAAUAAAAUGUUUAAUUCUACCAACAACAUUAUUCAUGUCAAAUAAAAAGGGUUUUCCAGUUCUAGGAAGAGCUCAUCAAAUGUUUAUUAAAAGAUUCUGUUCAUUAGAAAUGCAAUUUGUUAUUACUGGUGCUAAUCGUUACGAAAAUUUCAGUCUUUAUUAUCAUUAUCUCAAUCACAUCUGGAAAAGUUGGCAGACUGACGGUCCGAUUGAACGUUACGCUCGUGGUUAUGAAGAUUUUUUGCAAUGCCCCUUGCAACCAUUAAUGGAUAAUCUUGAAUCCGGAACGUACGAAGUUUUUGAGAAAGAUCCAGUUAAAUAUUCUCAGUAUCAGCUCGCUAUUUAUAAAGCUCUUCUUGCCAAAGCUUCAACAAAUGACGAAAGUAACAAAAAUGUUCCUGUGAUUAUCAUGGUAGUUGGUGCCGGAAGAGGUCCAUUGGUUCGAGCUGCUUUAAAUGCAUCUCAUUCGGCUCAUGUUCCAGUGAAAGUAUAUGCGGUGGAAAAAAAUCCAAAUGCAGUAUUAACUCUACAGGCGCUACAGAAGGAAAUGUGGAUGGAUAAAGUGACAGUGGUGUCGAGUGAUAUGAGAAAUUGGAUCGCUCCCGAGAAGGCUGAUAUUUUAGUUUCCGAAUUGUUGGGAUCUUUUGGCGAUAAUGAACUUUCACCCGAGUGCCUCGAUGGAGUUCAAAGGCAUCUUAAACCUUCUGGAAUCAGUAUACCUGAAUCGUACACAUCUUACAUUGCACCUGUCCAGUCUUCGAAACUCUUUAACGAAGUGAGACAAUGUAAAGACAAGGACAAACAUCCUUUGACACAUUUCGAAACACCUUAUGUCGUUCAUCUUCAAAAUAAGUACGAUAUCGCACCAACGCAGCCGCUUUUUACAUUCAAACAUCCUAAUAACGAUUCUACUGUCGACAACUCGAGAUACGCGAUGAGAAAAUUCAGCGUUCAACAAAAUACAAUUUUACACGGAUUUUCGGGAUAUUUUGACAGUGUUCUGUUUGAAGAUGUAAUGAUAAGUAUAGAACCGGAAACUCACAGUCCUGGAAUGAUCAGUUGGUUUCCAAUAUUUUUCCCAAUAAAGGAGCCGAUUCAUUUGAAAGGCGGCGACGAGAUUUGCGUACAUUUCUGGAGACAAUGCAGUUCGAAAAAUGUUUGGUACGAAUGGAGUGUCAGUAAACCAGUGCCUAUUGGAAUUCACAAUCCAAAUGGAAGAUCUUACACCAUUGGAUUAUAAUUAUUCAUCUCCAAUUGAGAAGGGAAAAAAAUAGAAAAGUAUGCAGAAACUUUGCAUUUAAAUACAAAUUACAGUAUUCAUUGAAGAUAAUAUUUUGCUACUGAUUUGUGUGAUAAAAAUUCUCUAAAGGAUUUCUAUGAAAAAGAAAUUCUUUUCCAAAUGUGAUUUUGCAUUUUAACGCGUGUCGCUACAGUGAAAUAAAUAUUUUUAUCGUUCUUUAAUAAAAUAAAUAUUAAAAUGAAAAA